AUGUCAGAUAGAAAUAUUUCUCAUGCGAUAGCAGGCGGUCUUUCCGGACUCGUUUCAAUGACCAUCACCUAUCCAUUGGUUACUCUUAGUACAAAUGCACAAGCGAAAAGCGAACUAAAAGAUACCGAAAGGGAAAAGAAUGACAUAAAUAUGACACAACUGUUACCAGCUUCACCUAUAAGUGGAGAUAAAACUAAGAUUUUAGAUAAAGUCAAGGCAGUAUUGGCGAAACUCAUUAGCCGAAUUAGAUUCCUUUUCAAACACUCUAAGAAAUUCUACAAUGGUUUGGAGUCUGCACUUAUCGGAAUAGUUGCAGUCAACUUUGCAUAUUAUUAUGUAUACAGUUUAGUUGGCAAACAUUAUAAGAAAAUCAAUGGCGGUAUGUUAAACGUUAAAGAUAACUUGGUGACUGGGUUGGCUGCGGGUGUUGUUUCCCGAGUAAUUACGAAUCCUAUAUGGGUUGCAAAUACCAGAAUGACAGUGAAUAAUAAAGCAAGUACCAAUGGAGAAACUGAGCCAACUAAUAGAAGCACUUUUCAGGUGAUUAAGGAAAUCUUCCAAAAAGAAGGUUUAAAAGGUCUUUUUGCAGGUAUAGGACCAGCAUUAAUUCUUGUUUUAUCUCCAAUGAUCCAAUUCACUGUAUAUGAACAAUUGAAAAAUGUCAGAGUGAAGAUGAAAUCCAGAAAAGCAUUGGUAACCAAUAUCACGUCGUUAGAAGCAUUAAUUCUUGGCUCGGCGGGUAAGCUAAUAGCCAUUCUAAUAACCUAUCCUUAUUAUACAAUUCGUUCUAGAAUGCAUUUGGACAAGAACAAAUGUAAUAGUUUUUCUACCCUGAUUGAUAUCUUGAAGAAUGAAGGUCUUAGUGCAUUAUAUGGGGGGCUAAAUGCUAAAUUAUUACAAAGUGUUUUGAGUGCCGGAUUAAUUUUUUACUUCAAAGAGGAAUUUAUGAAGUUUGUUGUGUUGUCUCUGAACCUUUUGUCAGGAAAUCACCGACAUCUUAGAAAGACGGUUAACCAAUUUCAAAUAAGAAAAUCCCCCCAAGUAUAG